UUCAGCAUCCUUCCUGUAGGCAGCAGGCAGGCAGUCAACAGAACAGAGACAUUUUGUCUCCCAGCACUCAACGCAAAACCCUUUUUGUUUUAUCAAACCCUCCCUGGACCCCAGGCUAUAGCAGGGUUUCUAGGCUAUACUGUAAUAUUCCCUCUAGCGGUCGUGAUGUUCUUUCUACCUUGAGUCUUCUUCCUGCUUGGAGGGAGGAAGGGAGAAAAGAAGGGACGUGGGCUGGCAGCUGGUCUGUGACAGUCAGACAGAUUGAGAAAGAGAGAGAGAAAGAGAGACAGAGCUGGAAGUCAGACAAUUAACAGAAGAGGAGAGCAGAGCAAACAAGCUUCUUAAACCGGACGGAGGCAUUGAAGAGGUGUUGCUAUACCCGUCUCCCGGACUCUGUGUUUGGGCUCGUUUCGAGAGGCUUUCCGAGCAGGCAGGUCCCAGGCAGGAGGCACCAUGUCCGGGGCCUCUGUGAAGGUGGCGGUGCGGGUCCGCCCCUUCAACUCCAGAGAGAUGGGGAAGGACAGCAAAUGCAUCAUCCAGAUGUCAGGAAACACAACCACCAUCCUGAACCCCAAGCAGCCCAAAGAGAAUAAGAGCUUCAACUUUGAUUACUCCUACUGGUCACAUACCUCGCCCGAGGACAUCAACUUUGCUGGCCAGCAGCAGGUGUACAAGGACAUUGGUGAGGAGAUGCUGCUCCAUGCCUUCGAGGGAUACAACGUCUGUAUCUUUGCCUAUGGCCAGACCGGAUCUGGGAAGUCCUACACCAUGAUGGGCAAGCCGGACUUGAAGAACCAGGAAGGAAUCAUCCCUCUGAUGUGUGAAGACCUUUUCACCAAGUUCAACGACUGUAAUAAUGACAGCACCAAGUCCUACUCUGUGGAGGUGAGCUAUAUGGAAAUCUACUGUGAGCGUGUGCGUGACCUCCUGAACCCUAAGAAUAAGGGGAACCUGCGUGUGAGGGAACACCCCCUGAUGGGGCCCUACGUAGAGGACCUGUCCAAGCUGGCCGUCACCUCCUACAACGACAUCCAGGACCUCAUGGACUCUGGAAACAAGGCCAGGACGGUGGCCGCCACCAACAUGAACGAGACCAGUAGUCGCUCCCACGCCGUGUUCAACAUUAUCUUCACCCAGAAACGCCUCGACGCUGAGACUGAUAACACCUCAGAGAAGGUCAGCAAAAUCAGCCUGGUGGAUUUGGCCGGCAGCGAGAGGGCCGACUCCACAGGCGCCAAGGGGACCAGGCUCAAGGAAGGAGCGAACAUCAACAAAUCACUGACCACACUGGGGAAAGUAAUCUCUGCUUUGGCCGAAGUGGAUUCUGCACAAAAUAAGAACAAGAAGAAAAAGAAAGUGGAGAGUCACAUCCCUUACAGAGACUCUGUGUUGACCUGGCUAUUGAGAGAGAACUUAGGGGGAAACUCUCGUACUGCCAUGGUUGCUGCUCUCAGUCCAGCUGACAUCAACUAUGACGAGACUCUCAGCACACUCAGGUACGCAGACCGAGCCAAACAGAUUCGCUGUAAUGCUGUGAUCAACGAGGACCCGAACAAUCGAUUGGUUCGUGAGCUGAAGGAGGAGGUGGGCCGUCUGAGAGACUUGCUCCUAUCCCAGGGCUUGGGAGACAUCCUUGAGAUGACCAAUGCCAUGACGGGGAUGAGCCCCUCCCCCUCUCUGUCCGCCCUUUCCAGUCGAGCCGGAUCCAUCGCCAGCCUCCACGACCGCAUCAUGUUCAGCCCCGGAAGCGAGGAGGCCAUCGAGAGAAUCAAGGAAACAGAGAAGAUCAUUGCUGAGCUCAACGAGACCUGGGAGGAGAAACUGCGCAGAACAGAAGCCAUCAGAAUGGAAAGAGAGGCCCUGCUGGCUGAGAUGGGUGUGGCCAUGAGGGAAGACGGAGGAACCGUGGGCGUGUUCUCCCCCAAGAAGACUCCUCACCUGGUGAACCUCAACGAGGACCCCCUGAUGUCAGAGUGCCUGCUGUACUACAUCAAAGAUGGCAACACCAAGGUCGGUCGUGUGGACGCCAGCAGCAGGCAGGACAUUGUCCUCAGUGGUCACUUCAUCAAGGACGAACACUGUACAUUUACCUCUACAACGGGACCCAUUGGAGAAGCAGUCACCCUGGAGCCCUGUGAGGGAGCUGAGACCUACGUCAAUGGGAAGAGGGUCACCGAGGCUACAGUCCUCAAAUCAGGGAACCGUAUUAUUCUGGGUAAGAGCCACGUGUUCCGGUUCAACCACCCAGAGCAGGCACGCCAGGAGCGGGAGAAGACGCCCUGCGCUGAGACCCCUGUGGAGCCUAUGGACUGGGCCUUCGCACAGAGAGAAUUGCUGGACAAACAGGGCAUCGACAUGAAGCAGGAGAUGGACCAGAGGCUGCAGGAGCUGGAAGACCAGUACCGUAAAGAGAGAGAAGAGACACACAACCUGCUGGAACAGCAGAGGAUGGAUUAUGAGAGCAAGCUGGAAGCCCUUCAGAAACAGGUGGACCGAUAUUACCCUGAGGUAGUAGGAGAGGAAGAGGAGGAGCCUGAGGAGGAAGUGCAGUGGACGGAGAGGGAGGCGGAGCUAGCCCUGUGGGGUUUCAGGAAGUGGCGCUGUUACCAGUUCACCUCCCUCAGAGACCAGCUGUGGGGAAACGCCAUCUUCCUCAAGGAGGCUAACGCCAUCAGCGUGGAACUCAAGAAGAAGGUCCAGUUCCAGUUUGUGCUGCUGACCGACACCCUGUACUCCCCCCUGCCCACUGACCUGCUGCCCCCUGAGGCAACCAAGGACAGAGCGACCCGCCCGUUCCCCAGGACCAUCGUAGCUGUGGAGGUUCAGGACCAUAAGAAUGGGGCCACCCACUGCUGGGCCCUGGAGAAGCUCAGGCAGCGUCUGGACCUGAUGAGAGAGAUGUAUGACAGAGCAGCAGAGGUUCCCAACAGCACCAUAGAAGACUGUGAGAACGUUAUGACUGGAGGAGACCCCUUCUACGACCGCUUCCCCUGGUUCCGUCUGGUCGGCAGCAACCCCCUUUUCAACGUGUGCAUGAGCGAGAGCAUGAGUGAUCCCACUCCCUCCCCCACUCCUUCUCCCACCCUCUCCACCUCCGAGCUAACUGAGCUGGCCGACACUCGGCCGGAGGGGCGAGGAGGGGAGGAGGAGUUGGAGGCUUUGGGGGAUCUGGACGAUGAUAUCUUUUUGGACGACCCGUUCUCGGAGCUCGAUGAUGAUGAUGAUGAUGAUGAUGAUGAGGGAGAGCUGUGCCGAGGCGGCUCCAGCGAAGGCCUGGAUCCCUUUUAUGACCGCUCUCCGUUAUUCAGUGUAGUGGGAAGAGCCUUUGUGUACCUGAGUAACCUGCUGUACCCUGUGCCCCUGGUCCAUCGUGUGGCCGUCAUCAGUGAGAAGGGAGAGGUCAAAGGAUUUCUCCGGGUGGCUGUACAGGCAAUCUCAGGUGUUUUGUGUUUCCCUCCAGCUGAUGAGGAGGCACCGGACUACGGCUCCGGUGUCCGUCAGUCUGGCACCGCCAAGAUCUCCUUCGAGGACCGGGAGUUUGAGAAGUUCCAGGCUGAGUCGUGCCCCACUGGUCUAUCCCAUAUCGGGGAGUCCCAGGAAGAGCUGCGUUUCGUGGAAGGGGAGGGACAGAACUCAGGGAUGGAACCCUCGGCCGAUGAGGUCAACAACAACAAUUGUGCGGCCAGUCCAGAUGAGUUGGAGAGCCCCCUGAAGACCAACCUGGAGGGAGGAGCUCUGGACGGAGCCCCGGAACAUCUGAGGAUAGGUAACAUUUUCACCUUCAGAGUGACGGUCCUCCAGGCCUCCAGCAUCUCAGCAGAGUACGCUGACAUCUUCUGCCAGUUCAAUUUCAUCCACUGUCACGAUGAGGCCUUUUCCACAGAGCCUCUGAAGAACACAGGGCGAGGCCCUCCUCUGGGCUUCUACCACGUACAGAACAUUGCUGUAGAGGUCACCAAAUCCUUUGUGGACUAUAUCAAGACCCAGCCUGUGGUGUUUGAGGUGUUUGGUCACUACCAGAAACAGCCCUUCCCUGCUCUGUGCAAGGACCUGAUUAGCAGCCCUUUGCGUCCCUGCAGAAGGCAGUUCCCCAAAGUCAUGCCCCUGUCCAAACCAGUCCCUGCCACCAAGCUGACUACCCUGAUGCGCCCUACAGCCGGGCCCUGCCACUGCAAGUAUGACCUCAUGGUGUUCUAUGAGAUCUGCGAACUGGAGGCCAGUGGAGACUACGUCCCAGCAGGAGUGGACCACAGAGGAGGCAUGCCUUGCCAUGGGACAUUUAUGCUGCACCAGGGUAUCCAGAGGCGCGUCACUGUGACCAUCGUUCAUGAGACAGGUGGAGACAUCAAGUGGAAGGAUGUCCGGGAACUGGUUGUGGGUCGUAUCCGCAACUCACCCGAGGGGGACGAUGCCAUCAUAGACCCCAACAUCCUGUCACUCAACAUCCUGUCGGCUGGGCAUGUCAAGCCCAUGCAGGAGGACAGACAGUUUCUUGAUUCAGACAUGCCUAGGACAUUCUAUCGCUUCGAGGCUGCCUGGGACAGCGCCAUGCAUAACUCCCUCCUCCUGAACCGGGUCACUCCUUACGGAGAAAAGAUCUACAUGACCUUGUCGGCCUACCUAGAGAUGGAGAACUGCACCCAGCCAUCAGUCAUAACCAAAGAUUUCUGCAUGGUGUUCUACUCUCGAGACGCUAAACUCCCGGCCUCCCGCUCCAUCCGAAACCUGUUUGGCACAGGAAGCCUGAGGGCAGUGGAGGGUAACCGGGUGACAGGUGUGUACGAGGUCAGCCUAUGUCACCUGGCCGAUCAUGGGAGUCCAGGUAUGCAGAGGAGACGUCGACGGGUGCUGGACACCUCGGUGGCGUACGUCCGCGGGGAGGAGAACCUGGCUGGGUGGAGGCCUCGCAGUGACAGCCUCAUCCUGGACCACCAGUGGGAGCUGGAGAAACUCAGCCUCCUGCAGGAGGUGGAGAAGACGAGACACCGCCUGCUCCUGAGGGAGAAGUUAGAGUCCACCCUGCUGCUGGGCCAGGAGGGGUUGUUGUCCUGUGUAGGUGAGGAGCAGAGUGAGUCCCCUCAACCCUCUGAGGGUCUCGGCCUCAGUCCCACCGUUGAUGCCCCCAAUGAGAGGCAGAGGGAGCUAGCCAUUAAGUGUCUUCGGCUGCUCUCCCACUCCUUCAACAGAGACUACAGCCACGUGUGUGUCAGCGCCAGUGAAAGCAAGCUGUCUGAGAUGUCAGUGACUCUGCUGAGGGAGUCGACCUCUGCCACGGCCCUCAACACCCUCACCCCCUCCUCGACAUGCCCCUCACUGGUGGAGGGAUGCUACCCCAAGUCCGAAGGGCUCAGAACACCCACGCCUCGUUCCCGCUGCGCCAGUCCCAACCCUGACUGCUCACAACGGGACAGUGAGGUCAAGUUGUCCCCUGGCCCCAGUGGGGUCGCAGCCCCGGAGGUUAAGCCCAGGGAACGCCGCUUCGUACCAGACAUCCAGGAGAUCCGGGUCAGCCCCAUCGUGUCAAAGAAGGGCUACCUGCAUUUCCUGGAGCCUCAUAGCAACGGCUGGGUGAAGCGCUAUGUAGUGGUGAGACGUCCGUACGUCUAUAUCUACAAUACAGAGAGAGACAGCGUGGAGAGAGCCAUCCUCAACCUCUCCUCUGCCCAUGUCGAGUACAGCGAGGACCAGCAGGCCAUGCUGAAGACACCAAACGCGUUUGCUGUGUGUACUGAGCACCGCGGGAUACUGCUCCAAGCCAGCAACGACAAGGAGAUGCACGACUGGCUCUAUGCAUUUAACCCUCUCCUGGCUGGAUCCAUCAGAUCCAAACUAUCCAGAAGAAGAGCUGGACAGAUGAGGAUGUGAAUCAACACGUCUCAUAGACAAGACAAUAGAACACCAAAAGACUAGCCUGUAUAUCGACUCCAGACGUAAUACUCCUUUCCCUCCUGUGCUGACCCCUUAACCCUCCUCCUCCUCUUCCUACACUAGUAACCGACUUGCUCCUCCUCCUCCUCCUCCUGCACACGCCCAGUUUAUCCCAAGCUGACCACCAGCGUAUCUAAGGCCCUGAGUCCUCCGUCAUCGUUGUGUGUCUGUCAGGCCUGUACCGCUGUCUGUCUGUGUUGGCCUUAUUGUCUGGUUUACCCCUCUCCAAGUCUGAGACCCAAAUACCACCCUAUUCCCUAUGCAGUGCUUUGCUUUUGACCAGGGCCUAUAGUGCUGGUCAUAGCUACUGUAAGAAGGGCUUAUAGGGCUGGUCAUAGCUACUGUAAGAAGGGCUUAUAGGGCUGGUCAUAGCUACUGUAAGAAGGGCCUAUAGGGCUGGUCAUAGCUACUGUAAGAAGAGCCUAUAGGGCUGGUCAUAGCUACUGUAAGAAGGGCCUAUAGGGCUGGUCAUAACUACUGUAAGAAGGGCCUAUAGGGCUGGUCAUAGCUACUGUAAGAAGGGCUUAUAGGGCUGGUCAUAUCUACUCUAAGAAGGGAUUAUAGGGCUGGUCAUAUCUACUGUAAGAAGGGCCUAUAGGGCUGGUCAUAUCUAAUGUAAGAAGGGCCUAUAGGGCUGGUCAUAUCUACUGUAAGAAGGGCCUAUAGGGCUCUGGUCAAAAGUAGUGCACUACAUAGGGAAUAGGGUACAGGCUCUGGUCUAAAGUAGCCCAAACCUCCUUACUUUAGCAGAAUGUUCCGAGCCGAGGGAACGGAGGAAGAGAGACUGGGAGAGGGGUAGUUACCUUAUUUUAUAGACUUGCAUUAUGAUGUACUGUAUGGUAGUUGUCAGCAACACAUUGACCUUAUUCAAUAACACAUUUAUUCCUUCAGGAAAAUAAAAAAUAAAAAAAGAGAAUGUCCGCAGCGUUGACAGUAAAUCGCUCCAUUUUAAAGUUGUCCUGACAGUGGGCUUCUGUUCACAUUACUACUUAAAUAAAAGGUUCAAUAAAAAAAAUAAAAAAUACUAACAAUUACUACAUUAUUGUACCUCGGGUUUACCUUACAGAACAAAACAGAGAAGGAAGUACUGGUCUUAUUGUUACUCGAUACAAUGUUGAAACAAGCAGGUUAGUAUUCAAAGCAAACACAUUUUCACCAAAUUAGGGUUUCCUGCAACAACAACAAAAAUAAAAUUAAAAUAAGAUUGAAAAACGACAGUUGACAGUGGUUGGCUGUAGUACCUGUUCUGUCCCGUAGGAGAGAAAAACGACAGUUGACAGUGGUUGGCUGUAGUACCUGUUCUGUCCCGUAGGAGAGAAAAACGACAGUUGACAGUGGUUGGCUGUAGUACCUGUUCUGUCCCGUAGGAGUGAAAAACGACAGUUGACCGUGGUUGGCUGUAGUACCUGUUCUGUCCCUUAGGAGAGAAAAACGACAGUUGGCUGUAGUACCUGUUCUGUCCCUUAGGAGAGAAAAACGACAGUUGACCGUGGUACCUGUUCUGUCCCGUAGGAGUGAAAAACGACAGUUGACCGUAGUACCUGUUCUGUCCCGUAGGAGUGAAAAACGACAGUUGACAGUGGUUGGCUGUAGUACCUGUUCUGUCCCGUAGGAGAGAAAAACGACAGUUGGCUGUAGUACCUGUUCUGUCCCGUAGGAGUGAAAAACGACAAUUGACCGUGGUUGGCUGUAGUACCUGUUCUGUCCCGUAGGAGUGAAAAACGACAGUUGGCCGUAGUACCUGUUCUGUCCCGUAGGAGUGAAAAACGACAGUUGACCGUAGUACCUGUUCUGUCCCGUAGGAGUGAAAAACGACAGUUGACCGUGGUACCUGUUCUGUCCCGUAGGAGUGAAAAACGACAGUUGACAGUGGUUGGCUGUAGUACCUGUUCUGUCCCGUAGGAGUGAAAAACGACAGUUGACAGUGGUUGGCUGUAGUACCUGUUCUGUCCCGUAGGAGUGAAAAACGACAGUUGACCGUGGUUGGCUGUAGUACCUGUUCUGUCCCUUAGGAG